CGCAAAUUUUCUCGAUUUUCCUUUGCACUUUAGAAAGACACAUAUUUUUUUUAUUUACAUGUUGCGCCUUUUCUUUUGAAUUUUCCUAAAAUAGAAUUUUUCACUUUUUGGGGGAAAACUAUAUUAAUCCACGUGAAGUUCGUUGAAGAAAGUUCUUUUCUACUUCUACCUGAAUCCAGAAGAUUCUUGCACUCUGUGUCUGACGAAACAAAUAAAAUCUUUUAUAAAUUAAUACGAUUUCACUAAGCGGUGAUUCAUUAUUAAUAUAAUUUUUUACCAAGAAGAAGUGUACUUAAAAAAGAAACGCGAGUGAGUUCUUUAAACUAUUUCGUCGUCUUUAUUAAUUCUAAUUAUAAGAAUUUCGAAAAUAUAAAAGACAAAAAUGACAAAUUCCGACGCAGAUCUUGCAUUAACCUACAAAGAUAAGGGCAACGAUGCAUUCAAAGCAGAACACUGGGAGGAUGCCGUUCAAUAUUAUUCGGAGGCCAUAAAGUUGGGCGAAAAGCACAAGGACCUACCAAUAUUCUACAAGAAUCGGGCUGCUGCAUAUUUGAAGAAAAGAGAGUUCACAAAAGCCAUUGACGAUUGCACUGAGUCACUACGUUUAGCUCCAAAUGACCCCAAAGCAUUGUUUCGUCGUUUCCAAGCGUACGAAGGUUUGGAAAAGUUCGAAGAAGCUUACAAGGAUGCAACAGAGCUGUUCAAAGCUGAUCCCGCCAAUAAGGCUAUUCAACCUGCCUUGGCUAGGCUGCAUGUCAUAGUACAGGAACGGGCACAGAAAAAUGCCAAAACGUCGACAAAAGUAAAACAGAUGUGCGAGUUGGCCUUCGACAUUGAAACUCCAUUGGAAAAACGACGUAACGCAGUGAACAACCUGCUGGUUCUGGCUAAGGAGGAAGUUGGGGCUGAUUUGAUAACAAAGGAGGGUGUUAUUAGCAGGAUCGCCAGCCUGGCUAAGAGCGAGAAGGACCAACAAAUCUAUGUGAAUAUAAUCCGAGUGAUUGCAGAGCUUUGUAACAAGAGUGUGGAUCGCACAAAAAUCGUGCUAAACGAACUGGGAGUUCCAUGGUUCUUGCAAGUUCUGGAUAGUACAAACGAGGAGCGUGUUUCGGCUGCCCAGUAUUGUCUACAGACGAUUCUGAACUCGCUUUCAGGGAUGGAGAACAAAGUGGACAGCAAACCGGAUCCUGAAUUGAGCAAGAAAUACCAGAAGGAAAUCGAUACGCUACUGACUUGUUUGGUGUACACAACCACAGAUCGGACAAUUUCUGGCCAGGCGAGAGAUGCUGUCAUAGAACUUCUGACCCGAAAUGUUCAUUACACUGCCCUAUCGUGGGCAGAACGAUUGGUUGAGAUUCGGGGGCUGCAUAGGCUGCUGGACGUUUGCUCGGAGCUGGAGGAGUACAAGUACGAGAGCUCCAUGGCUAUCACACCCUCUUCGCGGACAGUGGCAUCUGUGUGCUUGGCUAGGAUCUACGAGAACAUGUACCACGAUGACCUGAAGGUGAAGUUUGCCAAUCAAAUCGAUGAAUAUGUGAAGGAUAAGCUUCUCUCGCCAGAUCUUGAGUCUAAAGUAAGAGUCACGGUUGCGUUAACUUCGUUGCUAUCUGGAACACUGGAUGUGGGCAACAACAUCAUAGGACGAGAAGGUAUUUUACAGAUGAUUCUCGUGAUGGCGACAACUGAAGACAUCCUACAGCAGAAAGUCGCGUGUGAAUGUAUUGUUGCUGCUUCAUCGAAGAAAGACAAAGCUAAAGCACUCUGUUCUCAAGGAGUUGAUAUUCUUAAGAAACUCUAUCACUCCAAGGAUGAUGGAAUCAGAGUGCGAGCUUUGGUGGGUCUGUGCAAAUUAGGAAGCUAUGGCGGUCAAGAUGCUAGUAUUCGCCCAUUUGCGGACGGAGCAACUAAGAAACUUGCGGAAGCUUGCCGUCGUUUUCUGGUCAAACCUGGAAAGGAUAAGGAUAUUCGUAAAUGGGCUGCAGAUGGUCUGGCCUAUUUAACUCUGGACGCCGAAGUUAAGGAAAAACUGAUAGAAGACCAGCCUGCAAUUCAGGCCCUGAUUGAAAUCGCCAGAGCAGGAGAUCAGUCGUGUCUGUAUGGAGUGGUUACUACUUUCGUGAAUUUGUGCAAUGCCUAUGACAAGCAAGAACUGCUGCCUGAGAUGGUGGAGCUGGCUAAGUUUGCCAAACAUCACAUCCCCGAGGAACACGAACUUGACGAUCCUGAUUUCAUCAAUAAGCGUAUAAUGACACUCGCCAAUCAGGGUAUCACGACUGCGUUGUGUGCUUUGGCAAAGACCGAAAGUCACAAUUCACAGGAACUCAUUGCGAGGGUGCUGAACUCCCUUUGCAGUUUGCAGGACGUUCGUGGUAAAGUUGUUCAGGAUGGUGGCGUAAAAACUCUUCUGAAACUUGCCUUGGAAGGCACUGAGAAGGGUAAAAGACAAGCUUGUCAGGCACUGGCUCGAAUCGGGAUUACCAUCAACCCAGAAGUGGCAUUUGCUGGCCAACGUGCUCACGAUGUCAUUCGCCCUCUGCUGAAUCUGCUCCAUCAAGAUUUCACAGCUCUGGAGAAUUUCGAAUCGCUGAUGGCAUUGACGAAUCUUGCUGCGAUGAAUGAAAGUGUCCGCAAGAGGAUCAUUAAGGAGCAGGGUUUGUCUAAGAUCGAGUUCUAUUUGAUGGAAGACCAUGUCUAUUUGGUUCGAGCUGCUGCUCAGUGUGUCUGUAAUUUGAUUAUGUCACCAGAGGUGGUUGAAAUGCAUGAAAAAGAAAACGAUCGCGUGAAAUUCUUGUGUCUGCUGUGCGAAGAGGAAGACGAAGACACAGCCAAAGCAACCUCAGGUGCCCUAGCUAUGCUCACAUCGGUAAGCAAAAAAUGUUGUGAAAAAAUCCUCCAGAAUCCCAAAUGGCUGGACAAUAUGCACACACUGAUUGCUAAUCCCAGUCCCGAAGUCCAACAUCGAGGUGUUGUUGUCAUUUUGAAUAUGAUCAAUGCUGGCGAAGACAUUGCAUCGAAACUCUUCGAAACGGACAUUAUGGAAUUGUUGAAUGGUCUAUCACAAUUACCCGAUGAUACGCGAGCAAAGGCGCGUGAAAUCGCUGCACAAUGUCUGGUUGCAGCUGAGAAGUAUAAAAUUAUUGAAAAAUCCGACAAUGCUGAGAUUCCGGAUGUUUUUGCUCAAGCUAAAGCGCUGGAAGAGGUCGAGGAAGAUUAAAGACCGAAACAGAGACCGGGACAGAAAGAGAAUUCUUAUUUCUCUGUGUUCUCGAGAUUAUUUUUGAUUGUAUUUUUUAUUCAGUAUCAAAGUUUUGUUUGUAGUUUUCCUUUUUUUAAUUCAUAUUUUAUUUUCAUUGAUUUGUCGUUGUCGUUUUUUCAUUAAAAAUUGUUUUAAUUUUAUGCAAAAAGAAAUAUAUAUUUAUGAAACAUUUUCUAA